AUGGCUGAAACGCGAUCAACAGAGGCACGCAGUGAGAAGGAAUGCUUCCAGAUCGGCCAUCGGCUCCGCCUGAAUUUCCUUGCAGCCAUGGCCCAUGAGAAGCCGGAUAAGCCGGUCAUGCGGCAACUGUUGCCGUCUACAACCCACGCCCCUGAUGGCCGAAACGAAAUCAUUCUUAGCUACCAGCGCAUUAUUAGACUGGUUGAUAGGCUGGCCUGGAUGCUGAGUCGCAGACUCUCGCAGGGCGGUGUCAGUCCACAAACUGUCGGUUAUCUUGGACCAAGUGACCCGAGGCACCUGCUCAUUGCAUUGGCAGCGACAAACUCGGCCAAGGCUCUGUUGCUCUCGCCACGAAACAGUGUCUCCAUGCAUCAAGUGCUUCUCGAGGAAUCUCAAUCAGCACUUCUACUAUGUGAUAAUCCCUUCGCAACCACAGCAACCCAAAUAAGAAAACAGCGAGACAUUGAUCUUCUAUUCAUCCCGGACUUUGUAGAUGGUCCAGUCGAGCCCAUUCCAUAUGUGGACACAUGGUUCACCUCCCAUGGCAAGCCUUUAGUGACCCUGCAUACUACAGGCUCUACUGGUAAUCCCGCACCGGUCACCAUGACUCAUUCCGCGUUGGGAUCAAUUGACAGGCAGCAGAAGUUGCCAGAGAAAGAUCCCACCGGAGGCAAAUGCCAGCUCGAAGUUCUCGCUAAGGCUUCAACGGUGUAUAUGGCAUUCCCUCUGUUUCAUGUCGCAGGGUUCGGCCUCAGUUGUUAUUUGAUCCUCGCGGGUUGUACGCUCUUGUUCGGAUAUCAACGACAAGCACCGAGUGUUGCAGCCUUAAGAACAGCCCUCAAGGUUUCAAACGUGGACGGCGCCCUGCUACCGACGUCUAUCAUUGAUGAACUUUCGUUGAAUGCUGACCUACUGGAAGCGGUGCCGAGGUUGCUGUAUAUUUUUGGCGGAGGUGGCUCCAUAUCCAGAGGUGCAGGUGACAUUAUUGUGCAGAGAACUCGUCUACUCAACGGCUUGGAUAGUACUGAGUUUUCGGACCAGGAGCCGCAAGGCGAGGACUUCGAGUUGGUGCUCCAGCGUGAUGAGUCUUGUCUUCCACUUCAGGCAGUGUUCCAGAAUCUUCCUCAUCUACAAGAGUGGAGGACCAAUGAUGUGGUCCGGAGACACCCUCACAUCCCCGACUACUGGGAAUACCGCUACCGACUGGAUGACCUGAUCGUGUUCUCCACCGGAGAGAAAAUGAACCCAUUGCCGGUAGAGGCAAGACUGAGAGACAUUGCGGGCGUUAAGGAGGCCCUGGUCGUGGGGAACAAGCAAUCCUAUCCUGCAGUACUCUUGAAAUGGAUGUCAACGAGCGGCAUGGAGCCGAGAGCGACUCGGUAG